AUGCCUAAAGUACACUGUGAUGAAGAGUACUAUCAAGAGCUGAUGCCACAAUUCGCAAGCUAUUGUGAUACAAUUAAUUCAGUAUACCGGCUAAAAACAAACAAAAAUGGAGAAUUAAUUAGAAUUUAUCAAAUGAUUGAAAAUAACUUGAUUCAAACAAAAUUAUUCUCUCCAGAUGAUAUAAUAAAUGUAUUAAUAGUAGCAUUACGGUUAAACAACGGAUAUACAAUGUCGUAUAACUCAAUCUAUCAACAGAUCAUAGAAGCACACAAAAAUCAGAUAUAUAAUAAUCAACAAGUUACAUAUUUCAAUGAUAUCAUAUCUGAUUUUGAUUCAAUGAUUGGUCAGGACCUAAAAGAAUUUUCAGAAGCAUUAAUAAUAGAUGACAAAAAAUCAUUCAUAUCAUAUACUCAAAAAGCUGGAUUUGAUAUUAAUAAACAAUUCUCAAAUAAGCUAUUUCCAUCUACAGGAAAUAAGUAUUCACUAAUCGAGUUAUGCUGUUAUUAUGGGGCGGUUGGUUGUUUUAAAUUCUUAAGGUCAGAAUUAGAUGAAGCAAUUUCACCUGCAUGUCUUCAGCUUUCAUUUUUAAGUGGGAAACCUGAUAUCAUGAAUGAAUGCAUAAAAUAUCAAACACCAGAUGAGACUUGCAUGGAAUAUGCAAUUGCUUCUCAUAACAUUGAUUUUGUUUCUUUUUUGAUGAAUGAAUACAACUUGAGCAUCAAUCUUAAAUUAUGUGGAAAAUAUAAUAACCUUCAAGCAUUUUUAAUCUAUUUGGACCAAACAAAUGAUAUCAAUGAAUGCUUUAUUUAUUCACCAAUCUUUCACAUCCCAUCUCUUUGUGAAUAUUUCCUUUCAAAAAAUGUAAAAAUUAAUGAAAAAGAUUAUAAUGAUAGAAGGACAGCACUUCAUAAUGCCGCAUUAUAUAAUUGCCCAAAAAUAAUGGAAUUAUUUCUUAUGCAUAAUGCUAAUGUCAAUAUAAAAUCGCAAAAUAAAAAAACUCCGCUUCACUAUGCAGCUCAGAAAAAUAACGUCGAAUCAGUGGUUUAUCUUAUAAAUCAUGAAGCAAAAAUUGAUGCAAAAGCUUAUUUUGGUGAAACUCCCCUUCAUUUCGCUGCAUUAAAGAAUUGUAUUGAAACUGUUAUUCUUCUUUUAUCACUUGGAGCCAAUAUCAAUGCAAAAACAGUAAAUAACAAAUCUGCAAUCUCACUUGCUGCAAAAAGAAACAAUAAAGAAGUUGUUAAUAUUUUAAUAUCUCAUGGUGCAGAUAUUGAAUUAAAAGAUAAUAAUGGGAAAACUGCAUUAUUUUAUGCAUCAGAUGAAGGUAAUAUAGAUAUCAUUGAUAUCUUAAUUUCUCAUGGUGCAAAAAUUCAAAAUCAAGAUAAAUUAGGUAAAACUAUUCUUCAUAUAGCAGCACAAAAUGGAAAUCAAGAAAUUGCAAAAGUUUUAAUUUCAUAUGGGGUAAAUAUUCACAUUUUGGAUAAUAAAUGGAGAACAGCUCUUCAUUAUGCAGCUGAAAAUAAUUCAUCGAAAAUUGUUGAGAACCUUAUAUCACUUGGAAUUGAUAUCAAUAUUCAAGACUGUGAUGAUGAGACUGCUCUUCAUUAUGCAAUUAGAAAUAAUAAUGAUGAAAUCGCAUUAAACCUUCUUUCACAUGGAGCUAAUUUUAGCAUUGAAAACAGAUAUGGGGAAACACCCUUUGCAUUAGCUGUUUAUAUGAAUAAAAUAUUAGUUGUCACUGAAAUUCUAUCUCAAGGUGCUGAUGUCAAUAAGGAGUGGUAUCAUUGCUCCCCGUUGCUUAAUCUAGCGGCUGAAUUACGCAAUGUGAAAAUGAUGGAGUUACUUAUAUCAUUUAAUGCAGAUAUAAAUGGAAAAGGCUGGUCCAACCGAACAGCACUUCAUAUUGCAGCAAUACAAAGUUUUCAAAAAGGAGUUGCCUUACUUAUUUCAAGUGGUGCAGAAAUUAACGCAAUUGAUUAUGAAGGAAACGCGGCUCUUCAUUUUGCAGUAAGAAACAAUCACAAUUUUGUCAUGGUAGAAUUUCUUAUUUUGCAUGGUAUUAAUGUUAAUAUAAAAAAUAAACUAGGGGAAACAGCAUUGCUUUGGAUCGAAAAGAUUAAUAGUUUUGAAAUGGCAGAGCUUCUUAUUUCAAAUAAUGCAGAUAUAAAUUCUACAGAUUAUCAAGGAAGAUCACUUCUUCAUUAUGAAGUUUCAAAACACUCUUCAAUUAAUCUUCAAUAUUUAACUUUUCUUGUUACACAUGGUAUAGAUGUAAAUCUAAAAGAUGGCUUGAAUUAUGCUCCUCUUCAUUAUACUGCAGCAAAUCGGGAAAACAGAGCAUGUGAAAUCCUUAUUUCACAUGGUGCAGAAAUUAAUGUUGUUGAUGAUAAAGGAAACACCCCACUUCAUUAUGCAGUAUCAACAAAUAAUAUGAAAUUGAUAGAAUUUCUUAUCGAUCAUGGUGCAAAUGUUAAUGCAACAAACAAUAAAGGAAAGACCCCUCUUCAAAAAGCCUCAAAUAGGAAUAAAAUAGAAAUCAUUCAAAUCUUCAUCGCUCAUGGAGUUCUGGCAAAUUCAGAGGAUGUUGAUGAGAGCAAGGAAAAAGGAUGUAGGAUAUAG